UUUGCCCUUGGCAGGGGCAGCGCCCGCCGCGGCCAUGGCGGCCUGGCCCGCCGUGCCCCUCCUCAUCAACCUCGGCGGGUCGCUGCUGGGCUUCGCGGCCACGGUCACGCUGAUCCCGGCCUUCAAGGACCACUUCCUCGCCGCGCGGCUGUUCGGCGAAGACCUCAACAAGGCCUCGCGGCACCCCGUCCCCGAAGCACAGGGCGUGAUCAGCGGGGCCGUGUUCCUGAUCACCCUCUUCUGCUUCAUCCCCGUGCCCUUCCUGAGAUGCUUCGUGGAGGAGCAGUGCGCGGCCUUUCCUUAUGACGAGUUCGUGGAGCUCAUCGGUUCGCUCCUCGCCAUCUGCUGCAUGAUUUUCCUGGGCUUUGCCGAUGACGUUCUGAACCUGCGCUGGCGCCACAAGCUCCUUCUUCCUACCAUGGCUUCCCUCCCGCUGCUCAUGGUUUACUUCACCAACUUUGGGAACACGACCAUUGUGGUGCCUAAGCCCUUCCGGGUGCUGCUGGGCAUGCACUUGGACCUGGGUAUCCUCUACUAUGUGUACAUGGGCAUGCUAGCAGUGUUCUGCACUAAUGCCAUCAACAUUCUUGCUGGAAUUAAUGGAAUUGAAGCAGGGCAGUCUCUGGUGAUAGCUGCUUCCAUCAUCGUAUUCAACAUUGUAGAGUUAAACGGGGAUUAUCGAGAUGAUCACAUUUUUUCCCUCUACUUCAUGAUUCCCUUUUUUUUUACCACGCUGGGGCUGUUUUACCACAACUGGUACCCAUCUCGAGUGUUUGUUGGGGACACCUUCUGCUACUUUGCUGGCAUGACCUUCGCUGUGGUGGGGAUCUUGGGGCACUUUAGCAAAACAAUGCUGCUUUUUUUCAUCCCACAAGUGCUCAACUUCCUCUACUCGUUGCCUCAACUGUUCCACAUCAUUCCUUGUCCCCGUCACCGGCUGCCGAGGCUCAAUCCUAGUACAGGGAAGUUGGAGAUGAGCUACUCCAAAUUCAAAACUAAGAGUCUCUCUGCCCUGGGAACAAACAUUCUGAAGGCAGUCAAGAUCUUGCACAUAGUAGAUGUGAGGAGUGGAACAGAUGAAGAUGGCGAAUACACCGAGUGCAAUAAUAUGACACUUAUUAACUUUGUUAUAAAGCUGAUUGGACCCACCCACGAGCGAAAUCUCACUCUCCUGUUGCUACUCAUUCAGGUCCUGGGUAGCACAAUUGCUUUUUCAAUCCGGUACCAACUAGUGCGCUUGUUUUACGAUGUAUGACUGGGCUGUCAGGAGCAGGGGAAAGAGUUGUACCUGCCGGUCAAUUUUCUCCAGUUGCUGACCAAAUGAUUCAACUGAUCUUACUCCGGCCCGCCGAGAACCUCAGGACACCUGUCAGAAUGCAAGCAACUACUCUGCGUGGGCCAGUCUUGAACUGUAAUCAUCUUUUUUUUUGUGCACAGAAGGCUUUUGUCCGAUUCUGCUGACAGAAAAGAUUCACUGCUACUUGAACAUCAUUGUUACUGGGAAUACCUUUCAGAGGGGAAGUAAAUGACCCAAAUGUUUACUCACAGCAAAGUGGGAAGGAUGAAAUCUCUAUACAUCUAGCAAGCAUGUUACUGUUCCCCGAGAGAGGAAACAGGAACUUCCAUUUCCAUGAGACUCUGUACAGCAGAGCAAGUAAACCAGAAUCCUCUCCUGGCUUCUCCAAUCCUGUCUUUGGUCCAUGGACAUAGAGUGACAUGUUAUAAACCAUACCCAAAACUCAAGAGUGCUCUGAGAAUAAAAUAACUCAUGGUACCCUUUCCCCUUCAUGCUUUGCCUCGAGAACAUUGACACGCAGUGAAACUAGGUUACAUGAUACAUCUCUGUGGCUUUCUACCCUGCUAGGGGGCUGAUCAUUUCUGCAGCAGACUCCCUUCUCAUUCACAGCUACGGGGAAUGUUCCCACCAAAGGGCUUUUAUUUCUGAACAUCUUUGUCAUCUGCCUUCCCACCUUGCUUCGUGGAAUAGGACAUGUCUGGACCAGGCUAGCAGAGUAAGGAUGGCUGUGUCCUUGCGUAACAGAGGACUUUCAUAAAAGCCUUAGAUUAAUGUGGAAGUAAGACCCUGCAGGCUGCAAUUACCUCUUCCUCAAAUACAAAUCGUUAUUUAUAUAGCAGUAGCUGGCACCGUAGUUCGCCACAGAAUUGCUGCCUUCCUGACAGAUAAACACACACAGCCUUGGAGUACCAGGUUAAAGAGUCUGCACAAGAUUAAUGGGAGUGAAAAGUGAAAUAAUGCAACAGCAAAGACAGGGACGCUGAGAUGGGUGACAGUAGAAGUUGCUGAGUCCAGUAA